AGUGCGUCACACACUCACAGACACGUCAUUUGCGUUUUACUCCUCUUUCUGUUGAUCUUUGCGUCCAUUUUCUGCAAUCCUUCACAAGAAAUGAAUCCCGAAUACGACUAUCUCUUCAAACUGCUUCUGAUCGGCGACUCGGGAGUCGGGAAGUCGUGUCUAUUGUUGCGGUUCGCGGACGACACGUACACCGAGUCCUACAUCUCGACGAUUGGCGUCGACUUCAAGAUCCGGACGAUUGAAUUGGACGGCAAGACCAUAAAGUUGCAGAUCUGGGACACGGCUGGCCAGGAGCGCUUCCGGACGAUCACGUCGUCGUACUACAGGGGCGCCCACGGAAUCAUUGUUGUAUACGACGUGACGGACUUGGAGUCCUUCAAUAACGUGAAGCAAUGGCUGCAAGAGAUCGACCGCUACGCCUGCGAUAACGUCAACAAACUGCUCGUCGGAAACAAAUGCGAUCUCACGGCCAAAAAGGUCGUCGAGUACGCGGCCGCCAAGGAGUUCGCCGAGAACCUGGGCAUCCCAUUUCUGGAGACGUCGGCGAAGAACGCGACGAACGUGGAGCAGGCCUUCCUCACAAUGGCGGCCGAGAUAAAAGCGCGAAUGGGACCCGUGUCGGGAGUGGCGGCGCAAUCCGGACAGACCAUCAGUCCCGGCCAGACGACGAACAUCCCGUCCAAGAGCUCGGGCUGCUGUUGA